UAGCGAGGCCCGGGAUGACGUGUUCCUUGCUGAAUUACUUGCAGCACGAUACCCUUUUGCUGGAGCUGUGCAGUACAUCACGGAAGAUCCUACUUCAUAAUGUGACACAAGGACAUUUCUCAAGAGCCACGUAACAACUUAUUUUCUUCAUACAGAAGCGGAAUUCUCCAGGAGAGGUGAUCAUAUUUACUCGUGCUAAAAUCAUCUAAUGAAAAUGUCUUCAAGGGUCAGCGUUUACCUAAUGCUCAGUUUUGGAAUGGGAAGUAUGCUUACUCUCCUAGUUUCCUUUCAAUUGCGAUGUACGAACAGCCCAUCCUUUUUACAAAGUUUCAAGUAUUCUGAUACCUGCACCGAGACAAUCGACAUAUCAUCAAUACAAGUAAACGUAUCAAACAUCCCUCGACAGAUAUUUGAUGUAGCCAUGUAUCUCAAAAGGGCGAGGAUACACGCAAGAGGAUUUAAAACACGGAGAGCAUUAAAAUAUGCAAGUGAGUACAUGGACGCAAUACUGAAAGGAUUUGGAACCUCCUUUGAAGACGCCACCACACGGAAAGUGUAUGAACCGAGUAGUAUGUGUCCCGAGUAUUAUGUUGAUAAAGCGAAGGGGUACAAAAUCAGAGAAUGUUCCCAUGCUAAGCCUCUAGAGGAGAUAGUCACCAUUCUUCGUCUUGACCAUGGCUCAUCUACAGACAAAGAGUUCAUUAAAGAUACGUAUGAUAAAAACAUUCCAAUGAUAGUUGGUGACUACGGUGGGAAUGUUAAGGAACAGAGUAAUGUACGUGUAAAGCACAUGACAUCUACGACCACAGAAGGGGAUGCAUUGAAUAUAUUAAUGGAAGAAGUUAAAACCAAAUAUACAUUAGUUUUAAGAAAUGUGCUGGAACUGGAUUCAAAUGCACGAAUCGAACGACUUGUGCGUGAGAUUGAGAGUCUAAAUGUUAACGCAGUAGGCGGGGCUAUCAGAAACUCUGAUAAUGUUUGGAGUUUAGGUUGCCAUCAGAGAGUGUUCCGGAACUACACGGUGGUAUACGAGGAAGGAUAUGACGAGUCAAUGCACGAUUGUGUGUUUUGUGACCACGUGGACGGACCAUUUCUGAUCAAAACCCAAAUAUUAAAGCAAAUCAAAUUUGAUUCUAGUUUGACACCAAUGGGAUUAUACGAGGAUUUCUUUAUGAGACUUAAUACGGAAGUUGCUAUCUGUGCUGACUCCUUGUUUGAUAUGGAUUUUCCCACGCCGUAGUGAGCUGACAAAAGACUGGGAGAAGUUUGGACGAAAACGGAAUCUUUACAAGUUAAAGUUUUCUUUUGGACUGACUAUACAUUUUGGAUGUGAUUACUCGUAUCCAUGCAAAAGAAUAAAAGGAUUUGUAAGAUCACCGUGCUGUGUUCAAGAGCUGGCAGACUUAAUUUAUGGCUUCAUGGACAUGUGUGAAAAGAUUAAUGGAUCGUGUCAGAUGAACUGUGGAACAGUCCUCGGAGCUGUGAAAAUGUACAAUGUGAUCCCAUGGGAAAUAGACGCAGAUCUCAAUUUUUGGUGUCCUGAUUUCACGAAAUUGAAAAACGCCGGAGUAAAACUGAGAUCUAGAGGCAUACGAGUCGUAGUGGAACAUUUAAGUAAUUGCGCUCCAAAAUCCAUUUCUGCGCAGUUAGGUGCAUUGUCCAAACACUGGCAUACGGAUAUCUGGUCACAUGGAACGAUGGAAUCAUACGAAGUAAGGUCUAAACAUCGAAAUUUGACCAGAAUUCCAUUGAAUGGACGUUUUGUAAACGGAAUGAGAAACCCAGCUUUAUUUGCACGUACUGUGUAUUCAGAUAUGUUCAUGCAUCAACAGCAUUACAGAGAAGUAGGAUUUGGGAGGGUUAAAAUAUUUUCAAAGUGUCCGAAAAUUAACCGACAUGACUGCAUAGACAAUUACUAUGAAGAUGGAAACAUUCAGUUCCGUGACCCGGUGGCAUAAUUUGUUGAAGCUACGAAAUCGAUCAUGAUCCUUAUCUCGAAAAAAGAGAAAAUCAUCAAGUGGAUUUCUUAUUUAACUUUCAUUGAUAUCAAAUCACAUUUCAAUAUCUUCCUGAACAUCUCUAGGAAUUAUGGACUGCGAAGAUUUACAUAUUUUUAAAGUGUCCCAAAGAAAACGAAUAUUAUUGCAUUGACAGUUACUAUACAGUCAGAAAUGACAAUGUUUGACUGAAUACAAGUAGUUCAAAUACGAUGAUUCUGAUGUGACAAUCGCAUGCUUUACAUACAUUUUAAUUACAUUACAGUAUGUUAACAAAAGUAGAUCACGCAGUUAAAUUCUGUUGUAAUUAUUUGAUGUUUACUUUUAGAUUUGAUUAUUGUCAACAAUGUUUCGGUAUGGUUCACUAUUGUUUUCUAGAUAAAAAAGGGUAUAUUAGUUUGUUAGUGAAAUACUCCAGGGAAUACCGACAUAAUAAUGAUACCGUAAUUCCAAUGAAAAUCGGUCGAAGGGAAAAUAUAUGAUAGGUUUGCAUGACCCUCAAUCACUUUAUCACUUAGUUGUACCCGUACCCCAGUAUGCAUAAUUGUAUACACAUAUCCCUAUAUCUGGUAGCUGUACACGAACGCCUAUAUAGUCUAGCUGUACACACAUAGCGGUACCUUGCAUUUCUAGUGUCUAUCUCUUAGUUGUAUCAUUAUACUUUUACACGUAGUCCUAUAUCGCGUAGUUGUACAUGAAACCCCGUGACAUCUAGUUGUAAUACAUCUAUUCCAAUACCGUGCAGUUGUACACGUUUUCAAAUAUAUCCUAGUUGUACACGUUUUCCAAUAUAUCAAUGCUGUACACGUUUUCAAAUAUAUCUUAGUUGUACACACGUUUUCCAAUAUAUCUUAUUGUUGUACACGUUUUCCAAUAUCACUUAUUUGUACACGUUUUCCAAUAUAUAUUAGUUGUACACGUGUUCCAAGAUAUCUUAUUGUUGUACACGUUUUCCAAUAUCGCUUAGUUGUACACGUUUUCCAAUGUCGCUUAGUUGUACACGUUUCCCAAUAUAUCUUAGCUGUACACGUUUUCCAAUAUAUCUGAGUUGUACACGUUUUCCAAAAUACUUAGUUGUUCACGUUUUCCAAUAUAUUUUAUUUGAACACAUUUACCAAUAUAUCUUAUUGUUGUACACGUUUUCCAAUAUCGCUUAGUUGUACACGUUUGCCUAUAUCGCUUAGUUGUUCACGUUUUCCAAUAUAUCUUGUUUGAACACAUUUACCAAUAUAUCUUAGUUGUACACGUUUCCCAAUAUCGUGCAUUUGUUCACGUAUCGUAUCGUGAAACCUUGUACACUUAUCCUUGUUUCGCGUUCCUGCACACAUAUGUAUAUAUUACAUAGUUGUACACUUAUCCCUAUAUCGCGAAGAUGUUCACGUAUCCACUUAUAAUGUAGUUGUUCGCAUAAUCCUGACAUCGAGUAUAGGUAGUUGUCACAUGGAUCCUAUAUCACACAUUUAUUCAUGUAUCCUAGUAUGAUUAUAUAUUGCAUAUUUUUACAUAAACCUAUCUGCUCAACAUUUUUAUGUUGUUCAAUUACCAUUCUCUGUAUACCAAUAUGUUUUUUUCUCUUUAAUCCAGAACUAAAUUAAACUUGCAAAUAUGUUUAUUUUAUGCAUUUAUCCCAAUACUGUGUAGUAUUACAGACAACUAGUUUCCUGUUUUGAUACAUGUUUUAACUAUAAAUAUACCUGCUAAUUUUACCUAUUGUACUUUUAAUUUGUUUUGUAUAUAACACUCAUAUUGUGUAGAGGUCUUAUGUAUAGAAAUUGUACGUAUCCACUAGAACAUAUGCACUUAUACUCUAGAUUAAUAAGUGCCAAUUAUGUUACUCUUAUCACUGGUUUGUUAAGUGCUGGAUUGAUGUUAUAGAGACAAUAUGGAAGUUAAAAGUUAAUUGAAUGUGUACUCAGUAUUUGUUAGCCAAGGUGGUCAGAUCUCAAGAAUUGAUAAUGCGGAAGUUAGUCAAAAGAAUUAUCUCUUCUUAUUACCUCUUGAAGUGGAAUUUGCAUUUUUUUUUUUUUUAUUUUUAAUUUAAUUUUAUUCCAACUACACUCGGAUACAGGGCAAAGCUACACAUUUUCAAACUACCUAACUAUGAUUUAUAUUCAUAUUCCUUUUGUCAUGUUACCAUGUUAUGUUUUUUGAACAUUUUACUUUUUGCUCAUAUAACUUUAAUUUUCUAAAUGUUAGAAAUAGGUAUGUCAAUCAGCUAUUAAUACUGUCAUUUAUAAAUGAUUUACUUAAAGAAGAGGGCAGCUUUCUUCAACAGAAUGAAUUGAAUGAAACUUUUAAUUUAAAUACUAACUUCCUUGAUUAUAAUGGUAUUAUUUUGGCAGUUAAACGAUUAAGAUGGAAUUUUGAAAAAAAAAAAACUUAAAUUACCAUUGAUACCACUGUAUAUUGAUAUUGUUAUUAAAAGUAAAAAAGGUACAAGGAUAUGUAUAAUGUAUUGAAUAAAAAUAAUGUAUUGCCUACAGGACAAGCAAAGUGGGACACCAUAUUUGGAAAUAUACCUAUUGAGGAAUGGAAAAAAAUAAACAGAUUGCCUUUUGACACAAAUAAAAAAUCAAAACUACAAUGGUUGCAAUUUAGAAUUAAUCAUCAUGUCUUAGCUACAAACACUUAUUUGAAAAAAAAAUCAUUUGGUUCAGUCUGAUUUGUGUAAUUUCUGCUUCAUAGAAAAAGAAACAAUACAGCAUGUACUUUGGGAAUGUAAUAAAGUCCAAAAUUUAAUUAUGGCUUUCCAAAUUUGGGUGCAAGCUACUUGUAAUGAGACAUUUAAUGUAAGUAAAAAAGAUUUCAUUUUUGGUAAAAUAGCACAAAACCCACACCAAAAUAACAGAGCAAAAAAUAUUAUAAUACUAAAUAUGAAGCACUAUAUUUAUUGUCAAAAGUGUUUAUGUAAAGCUCUUUACUUACCCACUCUAAUUAGUAACCUUAAAACUUCAUAUAACAUCGAGAGAUACUUGACAAAAAAAAAUACGACAAGGAAGCUACUUUUAUUGAGGAUUUCAGUGCUUACCAUUCAGCUUUUAGAAAAUAAAAAUAACAAUUACAAUAAGGUAGUGUCUUUUAUUAUGAAAUAUAUUUAAAUUUACCAAUUUAAUUAAUUUUUAUACUUUUUCAAUUAGCUUGUGUUUUGUUGGAUUCGUAUCAACCUUUUUUUCCCCCAUUAAAUGUUUUAUUAGCAAUAGUCAGUUAUUUUUUGUUACCCUUUCAGAAAUUACCUUUGCUUUCGUCGGAAAUCUCGUUCCUUCUUCUCUUCUUCCCUUUAUGUUCCCUUCUCUCUUAUCUUUGUAAUUCCUUUUCUAAAUCAGCUUCUACUCUUUAUCCAAACUAUCCCCCAAUCCCAUUUUUCGAUUAGCUCCAGUCAAUAUAUUCAUUUGUUGAUUGUUUCAAUUCUACAUACACUAUACUGCCAAAUAAUUAAGAAUGUAAUAGUAGAUUUAAAAUAUGAGUAUUCAUAAAAAAUGAUUACGCAAUCAAUUUCUUUUUUCAAUGUUAAAUAUAUAUAUUAUAAUAAAAAAAAAUAUUAAAUUAUUUAGACAUUGCUUUUUAUUUUUGUGAAUUGACAAUUCAUCAUUAAUAUACAUAUCCAGUCCCAGAGUCAGAGCACAAGACGCUCUUAUUUUGUCACCUACUAUUUGUUCAUAGCAACUAACAGCUGUUUCACAGCAUCAAAAACUGUUUUAAAGUUUUAACUUUAAUAACUGAUGUAUGAGUUUAGAUUUAGGCAAAUGCUCGCCCUUUCCCUUCCCUAUCUAUUUUUUUUUUUUUUUUUUUUUUUUUGCAAUCUCAUUUUUAAAUUAUUAAAUAAUGCUGUUUCUAUCUUAGAUUUUUGAAUUUUUGCUAAAAAAGUAUCCUUUAUCCUCUAUUAUUUCUGCUAAGGAAACACAAGUUUAUAUAUAAGUUUAACAACUUGUUUCUGGAUCCCAUUUCACUUAAAUGAUAUUUUUUUGUUUGGAGUGUUCAAACCUACGAAAUAAAAUACGGUUUAUACUAAACCAUAAUGCAUGUUCAAUAACUUUUCCACUUACUGUUUGGAUGGUAAUACUGCAACUUUUUAGACAAUGUGGUGUGGUAUAAAUUAACCAUAUCUAUCCCAUAACUACGCCUGUUUCACAACUAAUGUGCCACUUGAUGAAAUUUAUGACAGUGUAUGAUUGCACCAGACAGAAAUCUGCUAGAUUAGUGCCCAUACUGAUGUUCGAUAGAAUUCCACGUCUACCCUUAGACUCAGCCUUCGGAGUGAAUUUCAGACAAAAGGAAACAUCAUUAUCUGCUUGUGUAGAUCGUCUGCGACAACGAUUGGAGAAAGCCUAUGAGCUAGUUUCAGCCAACGCGUUCAAGAAAAACUGAAAAAGAGCUAUGACAUUGGAGUCGGGGAACCACCCUCACUAUCGGUUAUAGUGUGUUGGUAAAGGUUUUUGCCUUUGAUGGUAGACAUACGUUGGCCGAAGAUCUACCAUUUACCUGACCUUUGACCUUACCUAUCAUAAUUUCAAAAAUCAAUGUAUAGCCUCAUUUUUACCAUCUUGAAUCCUCCUUCACAAUAGUCCUGGGUUAAUACAUCCCUCUGUAUUUAUCUAUUCCACAACAAAAACUAAAGAGUACCAAGCUAAGGUUAUUCAAAAAGGAUUGUCUGGAUUUGGCAAUUAAAUACAUGAUUAAAUUUAGAUAACAGAAUAGAUAUGAUGAAUUUUACAUUUUUGAGUACUCCAUAUCCUGUUUAUUCAUUUUUUGCCAAAAUUUAGUUUUGGAAUUUCGUUGAGAUUGACACUUAAACCUACGCCAAGAAGAGUAAAUAUCACCAUUCCCAUUUUAAUUUUAAUUCCGGUAGGAAUUUACUACAUAUUUUGCACCCUAUCCGAAUUAUGUUUUUUGUCUCUAUUUAAUUACAAACCAGAGAUUUUGCAAAAGUAUUCUAUUAAAAAAUGGAUCCUCAGUUACUAACAUUUGUGCCCUCUUAUUUCUUCUUUUACUUUUUAGUCUUAAUUUGUUUCUUCUCAGCAGACUGAAAACAACAAUCAUGACUUUUAGGAGAACUAGCUGCAAGUGGUAUAUUUGAAGGAUAUGAAGACUGUGGAAAAAGAUAGUUUCUAGAGUUACACAGUCAAGCGCGUUUUAACAUUUUGAUUUGUUUGUAUUGCUUUGUUUUAUUUUAUACUGUUCUGAUUUGAAUUUUAUUCACUGUUGAUAUAUAUAUAUAGAGAGAGAGAGAGAGAGAGAGAGAGAGAGAGAGAGAGAGAGAGAGAAUUACUAACUUGUCUGUCCUUUCCAAUUUAUAUUUUUAUAACAUAUUUACAUGACUAAUAAGCUUUGUAUUUGAAUUGUUGCAAGGUAUAAAAUGAAUAAAUAAACUGCCGGUUCG